AUGGAAAAGAAUUACAAAAAGAACACUGAGCUAAAGAUGAAGCUGGAGGAAAACAACACAUGCGCAGAUUGCAACAUCAAAAACCCACGAUGGGCCAGCUGUAAGUACGGAAUAUUCAUUUGUUUGGAUUGCGCAGGCAAACAUAGGGCUCUCGGUGUCAACUACGAUGUAAUAAAGUCGGUUACACUUGAUAAUUGGACUAAAGAGGCCUAUUUGCCAAUAAAAUAUGGAGGAAACAAGAAAUUCAGAGAGCAUUUAGGAGCAAACAAAAUUACAAUUGUAGAAAUAUUGGACAAAUAUAGAAACAAGAAAGUAAUAAGGUAUUCUGUGGAGCUAAUGGAUGAAAUCAACUCGAAAACAGGUGUAGAAAUACAGCCAGCUGCAGCAUACUACAACACGGUGACGCAACUAAAAGAAGAAAAGAGUGUAGUAGAAAAUAGGACAGUUACUCCAAAAAUGAGUGAAAGCAGCACAUUUGCAGUAUCAAAGCCAUCACUAUACAGUUCAAAGCAAAUUUCAAGCACCAACUUUUUGACUACAACAAGCAUAAAUGUAAAAAAUGCAUUAAGUCAGUAUUCACCAAAGCUGGCAUCGUUAUCUAGCAUCACUUUGAAUACAAUUGGAAGUGUUUCAACUGCAAUAUAUACACAGACUAAGAAGUUGAGCAGUAAGACACUUUCGGCCACAGCAAAAGUAGGCAACAAGGUCCUUUCUGAGGGAUCCAGAGUAUUUAGUGAGAAAACACAGACUAAGCCAUCGUCUGCUAAAUCACAAGGUACAUUAUACACCACAACCAGCAAAAAGAACUACGAGCAGAAAGAUUGGAGCUGA